UAGAUAUUGUUUAUUGUUAAAAGAUUCAGUUUUUUUUGGAUUAUUAUAAUAAGUUCUUGAUACCCUUUUGACAUGGUGAAUGGUUGUUUUGUUUGAGAAGAAAACAAUGGAUAUUUGGUGGCCCAAAUGGUGGUUAAGUCCAAAGAAAUGUUCACUUUUUUGUGUUUUUUUAUUUUUCUUUUUGUUAAAGAUUCUUGAUACCCUUUUGCAAUAUGAUAUGGAUUAUUGGAGCCUUACCAAGUUGGCAGUUUUUUCACCAGAAAGGGUCUUAUCUAGUAGAUUCAAGAUGUAUAUGGUUGAAAGCAAAGGUGGUGCUAUAGCUUGUAUGCUAUUUUCUUUGUUAUUGUUAGGGACGUGGCCAGCUCUAUUGACUUUACUCGAAAGGCGAGGUCGUCUUCCUCAACAUACUUAUCUUGAUUAUUCCAUUACCAAUCUAUUGGCUGCUGUCAUCAUUGCUUUAACCUUAGGUCAGUUUGGGCCAAGCACACCAGAAAGGCCUAAUUUUCUCACUCAACUCUCUCAGGAUAAUUGGCCCAGUGUCUUGUUUGCAAUGGCUGGAGGGAUGGUCCUCAGCCUCGGGAACCUCUCAACUCAAUAUGCUUUUGCCUUCGUUGGUUUGUCAGUCACUGAAGUUGUCUCUGCCAGCAUUACAGUUGUUAUAGGAACAACCUUGAAUUAUUACCUUGACGACAAAAUUAACAAAGCUGAAAUUCUGUUUUCUGGAGUUGCAUGCUUCUUGGUUGCCGUUUGUUUAGGCUCUGCUGUUCAUUCGUCCAACAACGCUGAUAACAAAACCAAGCUUGAUAAUUAUUCAAAUGACUGUAAAGACGGAGUCAGGACUAAUGGAGUUACUUCCUUCAAACCAACAAAUUUUAAUCAAGGUGGUACAAAUGGUUUGGAGGAUGGAGAUGCUUCUGAGAAGACAAAAUUUGGGACUGCGGCUUUCCUUAUAGAACUUGAGAAUACGAGAUCAAUCAAGGUUCUCGGGAAGGGCACGUUAAUUGGUUUGACUAUAACAUUCUUUGCUGGGAUUUGUUUCUCUAUGUUCUCGCCUGCGUUCAACCUAGCCACAAAUGAUCAAUGGCAUACUCUCAAAGAUGGAGUUCCACACUUGACUGUCUAUACAGCAUUUUUCUACUUCUCAUGCUUUUGUUUCAUCAUUGCCAUGGUUUUGAACCUCACCUUCUUGUACUACCCUAUACUAAAUGCACCCAAGUCAUCGUUCACGGCUUAUCUCAACGACUGGAAUGGCAGAGGUUGGGCCCUUUUGGCUGGACUUGUGUGUGGCUUUGGUAAUGGUCUCCAAUUCAUGGGAGGUCAAGCAGCUGGAUACGCAGCUGCAGACGCUGUUCAGGCAUUGCCUCUUGUGAGUACAUUUUGGGGGGUGAUGUUGUUUGGAGAAUACAGAAGAUCAUCAAGGAAAACAUAUACACUUCUUGCAGGCAUGUUGUUAAUGUUUACAGCAGCUGUUGCUAUUCUCAUGGCAUCAUCAGGGCAUCGCAAAUAGCGCGAUAUAGCGUAGUUGUAAGAAUAUGUUCUUCUGUACAUAUUAUGUUUACAUUUCCUUCUUGUCGCGACCCCUAAAAGUAGGGAGAAAUAAUUUAAUCGGAGAAAACAGGAGGAUUGAUUUUAGUUAACUCCUCUCGUUUUUAUGAUAGGUGUUUGACUCAACAUAGAGUUACAAAAAUGUUCAUUUGGCUUAAUGUAUUAUUGAAUGUAUUUUCAAGUGUGA